AGUUGGUUAUCACCCGGAGAGAACCUUUCUUCUCGCAAUGUCCACGGUUGACAAGCUAUCGAUGUCUCUCGACGACAUCGUCAAGUCGUCGAGUCACCCACGUACACCUUCAACUGGCCAGCGACGUGGUGGUGGGAAGGGAAGGAGUAGCGGUCGCAGCUACAGGUCUCAGCCUUAUGAAGUGGCAAAGCCUCCACCAGAGAGCGCCGAGUCGGCUGAGAAAUUCGCUCGUGCGAUGGGCGUCCGACCUGGUAAGGGUUCCUUUAAUACGAGAAGGUCCUUUGGCGGCAAGGGGAAGGGGUACUCUAGGGAGAGCUCAGGAAGCUGUACUAUAAAAAUUACUAACAUACCCGAGGACCUCACUUGGAGGGACGUGAAGCAGUCUUUCGGAGCCGUGGGACCAGUAGAGUUCUGCAACGUCGAGGAGAGCCGGAGGGGCGGCAAUCAGGCCAUCAUAACGUUCAGAGAUGCUCGUGAUGCCCAAACAGCCAUUGAUAACUACGAUGGUGGUGAGAUGAAUGGUCGUAAUAUUAGAGCAUUCUUUGUAUGAGUGAAGAAGUAUCCUAUUGGUCUACGGAUCUGUUGCUGAUGACGAUCAUCCCUUCGAGUCCCACUGGUUGAGCGUCAUCUAGGAUA